UGAUAUAAAAGUGAACUGACUAAUAGAUAAAUUCAGUCUUAGAAUAAAACCCACAACAAUGUUUUACAGACCGAGCUUUUUUUAAUAAUGUGGUAGCGUUAGAAAAUACAAACAUGCAAGCUAAACAGAAAACUUUACAUCACUGCACUUUUGAAGGUUGCAACAGCGCAUUUAACAGACCUUAUAGAUUGGCGCAACACUUGUUAGUUCAUAAUAACAUCAAAGGUUUUCCAUGUCCUGAGAGUAAUUGCAGCAAAGCUUAUACAAACAAAAGUCAUCUAGAUAGACACAUCAGUAAUACACAUAUAAUUAAUGAAAAUGAUAUGUUAUUCAGCUGUCCAACAUGCCUAAAGAAGUAUGCUAACAGACAGAACUUGAAGAGACAUAUAAACAUUACUCACAAAGUGAUGAUACCAUUUUCCUGUGACAUUUGCAAGUUGAAUUUUCUGAAGAAACAUCAGUUAACAGCACAUAUGUACCAGCAUACUGGAAUUAUGUCAUUCAGCUGUGAGCUUUGUCACAAAGAAUUUGUGAGUCUCAAGGAAAAGAAGAAACAUGCUCGAACACAUAAAAUAUACAGGUGCUCUGAGUGUAAUGCCACAUUCAGCCUGUGGUCUAAAUAUCAGAAGCACAUAAAGUUAGACCACACGGGCAGAGCAUUUGUUUGUGAUGAAUGUGAUAGACAUUUUAAACUACGCAGUCACAUAGUGCGGCACAUAAAAACACAUUCGAAAAUAAAAAACAGAACAUUUCCAUGCCCUUAUGAAAACUGUGCAAGGGUUUAUUCAAGGAACAGUAAUUUAAAACAACAUAUUUUAAUGAAACAUGAGAGAAUAAGACAUGAAUGUAAAAUAUGUGGAGCAGAGUUGAGUACUAAGGCCAAGUUGGUAUUGCACUUGAAGCUACACAGUGAGCCAAAUAUUAAAACCAAGCCACCAAAAACAAAACUGACUGGACGUAAAGAGAGGAAAGAUGCGGGUUGUAUGAAAAUGUCUACGGCCAUGAAGCUUGCUGGAGUCAACAAAGCAUUAGAGCCAGAAAUCAUUGAUAUUAUUGUUUGAUUUUGAUUAUAAAUGCUUAAAAGUUAUAA